CCCUUCUGCGCCCAUGCCCCUCACCUUCAAACGCUGGCGGUUCUGCCGCUAGCGGCCGGUGCGGAGCCGCUGCUGUUUGUCUGGAGCGGUGGUGUAGACGAGUGGGGGGCUCACCCUGGUCGCAAGUCUUCUCCGUAGCCAUUUUGGCUGAAGCGUGCCGGGCUUACGGCCUCUUUCGGCCACACCUUACACCGCUCCCUUGAUACAUUCUCUAUCUGACGCGUCAAGUCGCAAGAGUACACGGUAUCUGUAGGUGGGCAUGCAAUGCGACAUUUCGCGGUAGCGUGUUUGCUGCAGCCGGUUUUUGCAGCACAGAGGGCUUUGAGCGAGGGAGGCAGAUGGAGAGGAGACGCCCAUCCUGCAGCUGCGCUGGACCUGGUUGAGCGGGACGCCAGGCUACGCCUGGAAGCCGCAGUGGACAUCCAGAGCGGUUCCCGAGCCCACGGCCGCCCCCACAGCCAGCCGGCCCGCCGCAAGCAGGGCAGCUUCAUGGCGUGCGGCGUGAACUGGCGGGACUACGAGCCGAUCCACUGGAACAGGACAGAGGGUGUCACGCACUAUGCCGCCUGCGCCACCGCCAGCGGCAACACCAACCUGGUCGGUAUCUGCCGGACUGACGGCAUCGGGCACGAAAACUGGGAUGAGUGUGCAGACGAGCCCCAGUUUCGGUGCGCUGGCAUCCCUGUUCAUCCUCCAGCCAAGCUGUUCUUCGUGCUCUGCAGUGACGUGGACGACCCCAGGAUAGCACUGAUCGAAUCGUCGCCUCCGACUCUGGCGCCGACUCUAGCACCUACCCCGGUUCCGACUCUGGCGCCGUCCCUGGCACCUACCCCGGUGCCGUCUCCAGAGCCCACCCCAUUUCCGAGCUCGGCACCCACGAUCAGCGGGACAAGCGCCAGCGUCCCCGCACCGCCUCCGAGCCCAGCUCCCACGACAGCGGCGUCCGUGUCGAACGACCCGCACGUGACCAACCUGAACGGCGAAAAGUUUGACAUCCGCAUGCCGUUGUCCGACUGCCCCUUGUUCCGCGUGCCGCACAGCGAGAGGGACCCGGCGCUGCUCAGGCUGAGUGCCAGCAUGGACACCGACGGUGUGCGGGCCUGCGGGCUUUACGUCAAGGGAAUCACCCUGGCUGGCUCGCUGCUGGCCCACCAGAUUGUGCGGGUCCGCCCACACACGCGCAACGCCGGGGGAAGCAACCAGGCGGGAAGCGAGACGGUGACGAACUUCUCGCUGCAGGUGGGCAACUCGAGCUGGAGGGAUUUCUCGCGCGAGGGCGUCGGCACCGAGAUCGCCGAGGCGAGCGUGGGCCUCCUGCGGGCCCGCUUCCUGUGGAGGGAGGAGUUCGGACAGCGCGUGGAGGCCCAGAGCCUGGAGCUCCGCGUGGGCGCGGACAGGGAGCACAGGCCGGUGACGCUGAUCAUCUCGCAGGCCCCGCACCAGGCCCUGAACCUGGAGGUGGGGAGCCUCGGCGUGCUGGGGCUCGGGAGGGUCGGGGGUGUUCUCGGCACAGAGGGGCGCAACCGUUCGUUGGAGCAGCCCAGCCUGGGCUGCCUCCUCGCGGCGGGCCCCCCUUCGGGAGAGCAGCGCAGGGCUCCGCCUGCGGCGCCGGCCUCCUACAUGAGCGCGUCGUGGUAUUGAGACAUGCCCGACCUAACAUUGACCGCCGCGCUGCUGCCCUUUUUGGGACUUUUGCGUAUAAGCCACUCCACAUGACAACGUGCCAUCUUUCGGCUGGCACGUGCACUGGCCGACAGCGGCGGCCCCCGAUUCGGUGCCGCCGACUGUUGUGUGCACGCCGCUUCACACGAGAACGUGCCUCCCUUCGUUUGGCACGUGCUGCGGCCUCCUUUCCGAGCUGGCUGUUGCUUAGCGGCCGCGGCUCCCGAUUCGGUGUCGGCUCGGCCUUUCCUGCUCUCCCGCGGCAUGAUUCCUUAUCCUGGCACGCCUUAUUUCCCCAUCAACUUCUUGUUCUGCUUGACCCUCUCCCUCUCCUCCCCCCUCUCCUCCCUUGCCUCCACCGUUUGCAUCGCGCAGGCGCGCGCCGACUUCGGUGCCCGUGAGCGGAACACCGUCGGAUCCACCGUUGUUGCGUCUUUCCCCCCUCCGUCUCCCUGCCCCCUCGCCCUUUCUCGAGCCUUCCGUAAUUGGAUGGUUACUUCCGAACGAUACGAUUAAGUCGGGCCUGUCCUUCU